AUGUUGAACGAGGGAAAGGGCUGCCAGGGCGACGGAUGCGACAAACCGGCCAAAAUGCGAUGCCCGACGUGCAUCAAGCUCAAUUUGCCGGAUAGCUUCUUUUGUGACCAAGAAUGCUUUAAGAAGAACUGGGGGAAUCACAAAGCCGUGCACACUGUAGCUGAAUCGAACGCUCCGUACAACCCUUGGCCAGCCUACAAAUUUACAGGCGAGCUUCGUCCUGCACGACUUUCAUCGACGCGGCAAGUUCCCAAGCAUAUUCCGGUUCCGGAUUACGUUCAUCACCCAGAAGGAGUCUCUUUUGAAGAACUACAAGCCAAACGAAAUCGGGAAGUGAAGGUUCUUACUGACGAGGAGAUUGAAGAGCUUCGUGUUGCUUGUCGUCUGGGACGUGAAGUUCUUAAUGAAGCAGCAAAAGCUAUUGCACCAGGAGUGACCACAGAUGAAGUAGAUCGAGUGGUACACGAGGCUUGUAUCGAGCGAGACUGUUACCCUUCACCACUGGGCUAUCACAAGUUUCCAAAGAGCUGCUGCACUAGUGUCAAUGAGGUGAUUUGCCACGGAAUACCGGACAUGCGGAAGCUAGAAGAUGGUGAUUUGUGUAAUGUUGAUGUGACAGUCUAUCAUCGAGGCUUUCAUGGUGAUUUAAAUGAGUCAUUCUUCGUUGGGAAGGUUGAUGAAGCGUCGAAAAAACUGGUUUCGGUGACAUACGAAUGCUUGCAAAAAGCUAUUGAAAUUGUACGACCCGGAGUCAAGUUUCGUGACAUCGGUGAUGUGAUUCAGAAACACGCGAACGCUCAUGGGCUUUCUGUGGUGAAAACAUAUUGCGGGCAUGGGAUCCAUCGUCUCUUCCACACUGCUCCAAAUGUUCCACAUUAUGCAAAAAAUACCGCAAAAGGAGUGAUGAAAGCGGGAAACGCCUUCACAAUUGAACCAAUGAUUAACGCGGGUUCAUACAAGGAUGAUCGCUGGCCUGAUGAUUGGACAGCAGUCACUGCCGACGGAAAACGCUCCGCGCAAUUUGAGCAAACGCUGCUCGUCACGGAAAAUGGAUGCGAUAUAUUGACGGCGCGUUCGACUGGACAGCCUUGGUUUAUGGAGCAAUGC